AUGGCCUCUGAUAGACCAGGCCCACCACUUCGCUUUCGAUUCGCCGGCGAUCGUUCCAGAUCAAAGAAGCGUCGCACUACACAUACCUGUGAGGAUGAUGAGACGGCACAGUACGGGUCAGAAGUACAAGAGAGUAGUGUCGAUUGUACAGACAGGCUAGUGCCUAUUACGGAAGGUGAGAAUGUCGGGACGCAGGCAGGACAUGAAGAGGACGACAUAGGGGCUGGUGACUUGCUCAUCCCAAAUGACUUUGACCUAUAUUCCACUAUACCAUCCAUAUUCGGCUCUGUUUCCUGGCUUGAUUUUGGGGUCCCCGAGCCCCCUCUCUUAGACCCUCCAGGCUUGAUCCCAUUGCUAAGAUCAACGCCAUCGGCACUAGAGAGAGCAACUGAGUUCACAAUUGCUGAAGAUUUGCAAGAAGACCCACCGAUGAAUGGAUUUGAUCCUAUCUUCUCCGGCGUUUCGCAAAGUGACAUCAUGUCCAGCACUGUGAACACAGUACCGAGCCCGGCUUUCCUCACCACCACGGCAAUUCGCGAUGUAUCUUCGAAAGAUCAUGAUUGGCUUUUUGAGAUGUAUGAUUCUGAGUUCUGUGUCCUGCCACUGACGUCGGACACUGCGAUAAAUCCUUUCCGUUGCAAGCCCCAGACAUUGCAUGGAUCACGCCUUCUUUUCCAUGCAGUUCUGGCACUGUGUUAUCGGCACUUGAAUAGCAUGACCUCGAAUUGGUCCGAAGAGAUGACCAAGCAUCGUGGCAAGGCUGCUCAACUGUUAGAGACUGCAUUGGCAAAUAUAAAAUCACGGGAUUGCUUACAAUUGCUGGAGCCAAUAUUGAUUUUGUUUACUUUGGAUUGUACUCUUUCUGCUACAGGACAUUGGACCAGUCACUUAGAGCGUGCGCAUACCAUGCUUCAGCUUUGUGGAGGCCCUAGCUCUCUGAGUGCACCUCGGCAACGAUCGCAAGUUGGGAUGUUAGUGUGGUGGGAUGCAACUAUUGCCUUGAUCUCUCGACGAUGUCCUGUCAUGGACCGAUCAUAUCUAGAUUACCUGAUACGAUGGGAGAAGCAUGAUAAGUGGUCUUUUUUUGACCUGACUGGCUGCCCACGGGACUUGAUUGCCUAUCUCUAUAAUCUGGCUGAACUGGCUCGCCAAAGUGAGAUUGCUUCAUCAAUGAAGUGGCUGACCUUCAACUUGGCUCCCAUUAUCGAAGCUGAAAAGGGCUUGAAUCAUUGGAAAAAUGAACUAGAUCCUGCGCAACAGGAGCAGAGCCCCGGGCUUUCCGAGAAUGACGCGGCCAGGCAGCUCCAUGACCAACAGGAUCGAUUUCACUGUGCUGAGGCAUGGAGAUGUGCUUUACUUCUCUAUAUUGAGUCUGUUUUCAAGCGCGACAUGGAGAAACGCUCAUUUACACUGAACUGGCUCGUCCGCAGAACGCUAGACCAUAUCCGAUGCUGCCGGCGAACAUCACAAAUACAAAAGCAACUUCUGCUUCCUAUUUUCUUGGCCGGAAGUGAAACUUCAGAUGAAGGUAUGCGCAGCUUUACAAGGGAGUAUUGUGCCUAUUGGACACAAAAGAGUCGAUAUAGCAUGUUUAAUUCAGUUCCAACAAUACUGGACGAGAUCUGGACGAGUGGAAAGUGGUGGGGAACUGUUAUCGACAAUAAGGGUAAAUCUACGUCUUCUGGACUAGAAUGGUCUGCAACACAAUUGUUGUUUGGUUAA